AAAGGGGCUGAGCUGGGUCUGACGGGCUCGCUCAUGAUCAUCCUGUCAACCACGUUUUCACUUUGGGGCUGAAAUGCAAAAGCUGGGUUUGCCCACGUUUAGCCAGACUCUGGCAGAGGCCGGGCUAAAAGCCUGACCCCCGCUCUUCCCGGGUGAACUCUCCAUAGCAGCACCCCUGGGAGCAGGGUUGAUGCUCUCAUUUUUGUUUGUUAAUUCUCAUUAGAGGAUACUUUUCCAUUGAUUUUUAUUUUUAUUUAUUCAUUUAUAUAUUUAUUUAUUUAGAGAGUGGAAGGAAGGGGAGAGACAGAGAACCAUGAUGUGAGAGGGACACAUGGAUUGGUUGCCUCCUCUGGGGCAGAGAUCAGUUACUCUCGUUGUUAUAACUUUCCGUCCAUCAGAAUAAAGGAGACUCCUAAAUGUUACGCAACUAAGAUAAUCUUUAUUUGAUAUUUCUAAGUUUGAAAUUUACCAGUUUAUUUAAAUGUUAUCUUUGGAUUCAGAAGGUUUGAGAUGUUUAUUUUUUAAAAGUACAAAAGCAUCUAAGUAUGGUGCCCCCUGGAAGCAAACAAACCAAGAAAUCAGGGACGACAUCAGUGAAGGGUAGGAAGACAUCCAUGGAGGAUCGGGCUGUAAUUGCCUAUGACUUUGAGAAAGAAGAUAAACGAGAUCUGAGUGGCUCAGAGGAGGAUGCUACUGACGCAAAGACUCCAGCAAUUGAUAAGCUUGGGAAGAAAAGGACUUCUGCAGUAACAGUUGAAGAUAUGGGAGGUGAAGUACAGAAUAUACUGGAAAGAUUUGGAGCUAACAUUAGCAACGCUCUUAAUACAAAGAAAAAAAGACUAGCACUGUAUACCAAGAUUUCUCUCAAAACCAGUAACCAGAAAAUUGAACAUAUUUGGAAAACCCAACAAGAACAAAGGCAGAAGCUUAGCCAAGAAUAUUCUCAGCAGUUUCUGACUUUGUUUCAGCAGUGGGAGACAGAUAUACAGAAUUCUAAGAAACAAGAAGAAAAACUAGCUAAUUUAUUUCAACAGCAACAACAGAUUUUUCAACAAUCUAGACUUGGUCAGAGCCAGAGACUGAAAACAAUUAAACAGUUAUAUGAACAAUUCAUAAAGAGUAUGGAGGACUUGGAGAAGAACAGUGAUACUCUAGUUACUGAUGCACAAAAUGAACUUAAAAAUGAAAUGGCUAUGUUUCAAAAACAAAUUAUGAUGGAUACUCAGCAGCAGGAGAUGGCAAUUGUUCGAAAGUCUCUUCAAUCCAUGUUAUUCUGAUGACUCUUUGAAGGGAGAACUUGAACCUAAGUAAUAUGAUACAAUGAUAACAUUAGCUAAGAGGCAUAUACAUUUUUAGAGUGGUUUAAAAAUUGUAUUUUCAAAUAUUACAUUGUGUUACUCAUUAGCUUAAGUGCAAGCCUCUUCUUUGUUAACCUCCAAAUAAAAUCUAAACAGUUAUGUGAGUAGCAGCAAUUCCUAAAUUGUAUGUAUAAGCUUUCUGCCUUUUAAUAGUAAUAGUGAAUUUUUCUGACAUUUGUCAAUUAACUUAAUAAAGAUGAUCUAAUUUCAA